AUGGCAACCACAGCAAACAGCGGGCACCAAGCCCGGGUGGUGCGAGACUUGCGCCCUCAGGGGGAGACGCGCAAUGGCCUGACCAAGGAAGUUCCGCAGGAUGCAGGAGACGCGGAAGCUGAAGAACCGGAGGAUCUCCCGCCCGGGAGCCUUUCCCUGACCUCCCCCCAGUACGAAGCUUUCCGCAAGGAGUGCCUGACGGGCCGGCCCUAUGACCCUGCAGACCGCAGGCUGGGCACGGCCAUGGACUCCCUCGACCCCUGGAGCCGCACUCAUUACAUCCACGACACUGCCCUCGAGCCCAAGUUCUGGCGGAGAGCGGAGCAGUACGAGAAUGACAUCAUCCGGUCCUACGUCUGCCUCGCAAACUGCCGCGUCCUUGCCGGCAAGAACAAGCUGAAGGGCAUGGCCAAGGUGGACAAGGUCAUCGUGGCCUUGGACCGCCACCACUGGCGCAUGCAGGACAGGCAGCAGAUGGACCGGUGCCUGGCCUGGAUUAAGGAGGUGGACCAGGCCCAGGCGGACUACGUCAAGCGGCACAAGGACGAUGCGGCCCCCGCCCCCAAGAAGCCCAAGCGGCGCCGCACGCAGCUCAACGUGCUGGAGGAGCUCAUUGGCGCCGCGACGGACGUCUCUGGCCCGUCCAUCAACGUCAAGGAGCUCGCCGACUUCUACAAGGCGUACAAGGCCAUCGCCAAGGCCGCCGACGACACCACUCAGCCGCAGCCCGCCGAUGUGCAGAACGCGCCGGCUGCCAUCAACCCCGAGGCUGCGGCCCAGAAAACCGCCGCCUCUGAUGGUGAGGGGCAGGAGGCGAACGUCCAGGACAACACUGGCCCGGACAACGCCAUCCCGGACCUGUCAGGCGCGGACGCAGACCCCGCAAAUGACGCCGCCGAGGACCAGACUGCGGGCCUCAACGACUCGCCCACCGGCCCCCGGCAGCGCUCACCGUCUCCCGUCCUUCCUAACCCUGCGCAUAACCCGGCCACAGACACGGCCCCUGCGCAGGCAUCCCCUUCCCCGGCUGCACAGGCCCUGGCCCACGAGGCCUCUGUGCAGCCACAGGACAACCAGAACCUCGACCUGCACGCUCCUGCACCAGGCGCGCAGCCAACCCCCGUCGCGCAGACCCCGGCCACACCAGCCCCUGCGCAGAACCAGGACCAGCCAGCGGCCACCACGACGCCGCCGGCCCAGGCUCGCACCACUUCCGUGCAGCCUGCUCCCUAG